GACCACUAGUGGCACUUGUUUACUCAAAAGAAAGAUUGGAAAAAAGCAGCAGCAGCCAUUAAAUGGCCGUUUUAAGCAAAAGAUAAGGCAAGGCCAGGCGGCGAUGGCCAUGCAUUGUCUCUCCUCUUCUUCGCCACUUCUUAACGGACAAUUUCCAGGGACUGACCAUAUUUUUACAUAUAGUAAAAAUAAGAGAAAGGUGCAAAAGUGGGCAUGCAAUGUUAAAAUUGGUGGUCCAUCAAAGCAUUGGAGAUGCAAAUAUAUAAUAAGAAAUGCAUUACCUGAUGUAACUACAACAAUGAUGGUGGUAUUUGUAGUAGGUGCUGCUACCACUAUCCUUGUGAAGCAAACUGAAACUAAAAGAUCACAACCAAAGCAAAAUAAAUGUGAAGCUUGUAAUGGGUCUGGCCUAUGUGGUGAAUGCAAUGGUGAGGGGUUUAUACUUAAGAAGCUUUCAAAAGAUGCUAGUGACAAGGCGAGAAAAAAUGCGAAGGAUGUAGCAACUCGAUACACUGCUGGUCUUCCCAAAAAAUGGAAUUAUUGUUCAAAUUGUUCUGGUUCUCAAAGGUGUCUAGUAUGUAAUGGGCGUGGGAUAAUUCAAGAGAUUUAGUUAUAAGUCAAACAAUUUACAAAUAUAUGAUAAUGAUUUAUUCUAAAAUUUUCUAUAGUUUCAUAUAACUAAACUUUUAUGUUGUUCAAGGUCUAUUCUAAACUUUUCUAUUAUUCAAGAUUAACUCUAAAAUUUUAAUUGGUUAAGCUAUUUAUCAUCUACAUUCCUACCUUGCUAAUGUGUCAGUUGACGCUGCAUUAGCCAAGUGAUAUUUGCAUUGUAAUGGACUCAAAUUAAUAGAUGUUUUUCACGCUAUUUGUUAAAA